AUGGCUACUUUGGCGAACAAUAUGUCAAAUAUGAGCCAGGAAAUCCGAAAAAUAAAACAAACUCCAACCGCUACUGCCAAACGGGAUUCUCGGGCGGUGGAGUGAGUCAGCAGAGUCUUUGACUUUGAGCAGCAAGAAAAGGAGGUCGAGUGAUCAAGAAGGGAGUGAUGUUGAUGCCCUGAUCGACGACCAUCCUUCAGAGCAAGAGACCGAAUCAGCUGAAACUAAAGCCAACGAGGAAGAUGCAUUCCUCACAACGUUAGCCCUUGAGUAUUCGGCUGACGCGAAAACAAGUAGUCCGGUCUCGACUCAGCUGGCUGAUAUCGUCAAUAAGAGAUGGUCGUCAAAAUUAUCGGACGACAAAUUCAAAGAGAAAAUAGCGAAAUAUGACCGACCAGAGAACUGCGAACGAUUGUUUGCCCCCAAGGUAAAUCCCGAAAUUUGGUCCCGAAUAUCAAACAUGGGCCAACGACAAGACCUUAAACUUGUCGCUAUCCAAAAAACCUUGGUGGCAGUUGGCACAGCUCUCACACAGUCUGCUCAACUGCUUAUGAAUGCUCGCCAAACUGGCGGCAUUCGGCGCCAUGAAGGCGGCGAAAACAACACCAUGAACGAAGUUCUCACACUUCAAGUGGAUGCCCUUGCUCUCCUGGGGCAUACAUAUGACCUUUCACUCCGUCGUCGUGAAACGAUGAAACCCAGCUUGAAUAAAGAGUAUGCUUCAUUGUGCUCUUCCCCAGUGUUUCCACUUUCAAGGAAAUUUCCUUUUUCAAGGAAAUUUUGACUGAAAAAAGACGUUUCAAGGAAAAGAAAGGAAUCAAGGAAAUCUAAGGAAUUUUUGAAAAUUCUAAGGAAAUUUAAGGAAUUUUUGAGUCAACUGAAAUAUUUUAAAGAUUCUUUCAGGAACCUUUCAUUAAUUUUAAAUUAUAUUACUUUCCAUCGCUCAUAAUCAAUAUGUCCGCGUGCAAAAAUAAAAAAAACCUCUUUCGGAGCCUGUUACCGAGUCAGUAGAAUUACUAGAAUCUAGAAUUAUUAAUUAAACUAAUUCACCUAUUCACCAAUAGCGACGCCAUCUUGAAUUACGCGUUUAACGCAAUGCAUUAUGGGUGAUACAGGGUAAUUAAGUGUUUUUGAAGGGCUGUAAAUCAAAUAUGUAGGCGAUAACACACGUUUUUAUAGUUGAAAAUAACAGACAAUUUUUAGAAGAACUAGGAAACACAGGCUGGGAAAAAUAAAAAAAAUCAGGAUAAAAUCUAUUGUUUAAAUCUUUGUUAGGCCUAAAAAGGGAAAUAAUUUCAACAAAGUGCGCAUAAAAUUUAUUUACACUGCCUCAUUGCCUCAAGAAAGUGUUUAUGAAAAAAAAUAUCGUAUUGUGUCUCAAUACGACAUUAAAGGCUUUUGAAUUCGGAUUUUUACCCUGUAUAACCCAUAAUGCAUCACGAUUCAAGAUGGCGUCGCUAUUGGUGAAUAAGUGAAUUAUAAGUAGGCUUCACACAACCUGAAUUUUAGGCGGAAAUCAGGUAGCGUGCUGCGUGCAGGCGAAUUUAUAUGAAUUUAUUUGUCAUGUGAAUUUGUUGACUUUUGAGAACAAUAUUAAAACUCUAGUAUUUUACAUUUUAAAGCUUUCAAAAUUGUUGUGUAAAGGCUUUGUUUUUAAGAGUUGUACAAAAUAAAUGUACCAUUCUGUUUCUGUCUUACUUUGUAUAAGUAUUGAUGAAUUCUAGUUGCCGAAAUAUACUUCGGUUAAUCAAGGAAAUUUCAAGGAAAUUACAUCCCAUUUCAAGGAAAUUCAAGGAAAUAUUAAAGCAAAAUCAAGGAAAUUUGAAUGAUGCGUUGUAGAAACACUGCUCUUCCCAAACAUCGGUAACAUCGAUCUCUACGGGUCAUGACGCUUCUCACGUCUCUCGGCGGUCCUGUUCAUACUUCAUAUCAUUUUUACGGAUGGUACGUGGAAGAAGAAAGUGUGAAAAUAUGAAGUUUGUGAAAUGUCAUUUCCUCUAUUUUGUGGAGAUUUUAUAAAAAUUCUAAAGAUAUAGUAAAUCUUAAUUUACCAACAGUCUAUCUUAGUUUAGAGUUACACAUUUUGAAAAAAAUAGUCUGAAUAUUGUUUUUCACAGCCGAUUUUCCAGUCUGUCUAAUAGCGCAACAUUUAUUUGUUUGGUUAAAAAUUGUUGAAAAUUUUCUUUCUGACUUCUCCUAGCAGUUCUUUAUCAUUAAACAUCCAUACAUUAAACUAACGCGUAAUCCCUGUCUCUUUCCUUUUUUGCACAUCAUUGUUCGACGUUGCUAUAUCACUGUCUUGAUAUAGGGGUCAGGACAAAAAAUAAGCCAUUCUGAAUAUCAGUGAUACCACUAUAACCACAAUGCAAAACACUACGAAAACGUAAUAAGGGGAUAGUAUUAUGUAUUCACGUUAUAAUUGUAUAACGGGAGAAGUGUGUUUUACAAUAUUAUUACAUUUUAUUGUAUAUUGACCGGCGCUAGCGCAUGCAGCUAGGAUUUAUAUUCUCAACAAACUUGUACGUAUCAAGAAAUUUUAAGGGCUUUCGUUGCUUUGGCGGCUCCUUUUGAACUGGAGUCCGGGGAAAAUCCCCUCAUGUUCCCCGUCUCUCGGCGGUCCUGUUCAUACUUCAUAUCAUUUUUACCGAUGGUACGUGGAAGAAAGUGUGAAAAUAUGAAGUUUGUGAAAUGUCAUUUCCUCUAUUUUGUGGAGAUUUUAUAAAAAUUCUAAAGAUAUAGCAAAUCUUAACUUACCAGCAGUCUAUCUUAGUUUAGAGUUACACAUUUUGAAAAAAAUAGUCUGAAUAUUGUUUUUUACAGCCGGUUUAUUUUCCAGCCUGUCUAAUAGCGCAACAUCUGUUUGGUUAAAAAUUUGUUUGGUUAAAAAUUGUUGAAAAUUUUCUUUGUGACUUCUCCUAGCAGUUCUUUAUCAUUAAACCUCCAUACAUUAAACUAAACUGUAAUCCCUGUCUCUUUCCUUUUUUGCACAUCAUUGUUCGACGUUGCUAUAUCACUGUCUUAUAUAUAUUACUUAUUAGGAAGUUGAAACCAAUGGUUGAAACUGACUAUUUUGGAAAGGGUUCUUGGUUCUUGGCCAUGUUUGCGAG